ACUGCCUUUAGUUUACACGUGUACCCUUCUAAUUCCACCUGCUUUAGUCUCACGUCCUCCUUUAUCUUCUGCACAUUCAAGAGUUUAUGAAUUCAGAAAAAAGUUUUUUGUGUGUAUGCAAAUGGAGUUGUGGAAAUUCUCUCUUUAGAUUGUUUGCAAACAAGCCAAAUUCGGUCUCAGACAUGAACUGUGUCAGACAUCUCUGAUUGGACGCUGCUAAACAAAUCAGAUUCUUUAACUUUGCUGAUACUAUUUCUAUUGAUGGAUUAAGGAACGUUGAAAGAAUGAUAUAAAAGCGGACUGUUCUGUUGGAUUCUUAUAUCCAUUUGUUGACUGGAUCCAAUCUGCUGAAAGUCCUCUCAGCUACCGAAACUAUAGCGUUGUUGCAAACAUGACAGGACCAAAAACGGCAGAAAAGUCGGAUUCGUAUAAAUGGACAUAUCCGGAAGGAGAUCUACCCAGUAGAGGAGAGCGGAGGCGUCCAUUUCUUAUAGCUGCGGUUGCUUCACUCUCUACGGCACUGGUCCUUGGCUCCAUUGUCUUCGGUGUCGUAUUCUAUCUUCAAGAAAAUAAACCAGAGAAACCCGAGUGGGUAUCGUGGAUCCGUAAAGCUGGAGAUGUGGACAUCCACGAGUCAGUUUUGAUUGAUGACAAAGAAGAAACGAUUCUCAUGGUGUCCGCGGAGGCGUACAAGAUUAGCGAGGAAAACUCCAUGGCCCUUCAUGACUUUAAAUUAGGUUACGUGGCGCUGAGAGACUUUAAUAGGGACAUGUGCUUGGUUACCAAGGUGAAAAUCCCGGAUUUCUGGUCCGUCAAGCAGAUGUUGGAAGACAGACGAGGUAAAACGCUCGACCUUCAGCCAUUGAAGCAAGGCAAAGGAGAGUUCCGCAAUAUGACGUCAUCAGAAUUGGGGCCCAAGUUGAACCAGUUUUGUGACGCAGUUCCAGCUCAUUGGUUCGAUAUCACAGAGACAGGAAUCGUGAAAAGGCAAGUUGAUCUGAGGCUCAGGGCUGAACUGGAAAGGAUACCACCCGGGGGAGACACAGUAGCGUGUUUACAUGCCCGUGUGUCUUGCGAAAUUUCCAUUAGAUUUUAACUUAAUGAAAUGUAGCAAACAAAUUUAACUGUUUAUAAUGAAUAAGUCAAUUAAUCCAGCUUCAUCCAAGAGAGUUUUCAUUUUAUUCCCUGAGGAAUUGUGAAGAGGCAAAUUGAUAUAUGGAGCAAUGCCUAACUUAAAGGGGGUAAGCCUACCACCCCUAUAGGCGAGAGGCCAGUCACAUGUUAAGCAAUCGUAAGCAAUGCAAUGUUUUUACUGGCUUUUAACCUAAUGUAACGAAGCAGUUGGGAUUAACUAUUAGAUUUCACAAAGUAUUCCCAAGGGAUAUUUCUUAUUUUUAAAUUGCGUCAUAUACCGUUGGCAUCUCCAUGACGAGCAUAUUUGUGACAUGACCAUAUCGCUAUGUUAUCUCACUGACUUGGAAAAAGUUGUAUUUAUUUUGUUUUUCAACAAACAACUUUAUGUUUAUGGUGAAUUUUAGAAUAAAUGAAGCCGAAGAUAUCAAAGUAUCAA